CGAGGCGCAGCGGCCCGGCCCCGCGGCCCCGUGAUGGGCUCCUGCGUGUCGCGAGAUCUGUUCACAAGUGCCCACAAGGACUGCCCCAUGCCCCAGGGCACGGGUCCUCUGAACCCAGACUUGCCCUCCAGCCGUCCCCCUGCUGUCGCUCCAGACCAUGUCACUGGCAAGGACAAACAGAUGGAUUUCUGUUGGGAUCCUUGGCAGAGGUGCUUCCAGACCACCAACGGCUACCUGUCUGAUUCCAGGUCCUGCUCCAGCAACUACAAUGUGGCGGCUCUAGCCACCUCGUCCCUUGUGGGGGUGGUGCAGAGCAUCAAGGACCACAUCACGAAGCCCACGGCCAUGGCGCGUGGCCGCGUGGCUCACCUCAUCGAGUGGAAGGGCUGGCGUGCCCAGCGGCCGGGCUGGGAGCCAUCCCCGGCCGAGGAUGAGCAUUACUGUUGCCUGCCAGACGAGCUGCGGGAGGCCCGCUUUGCUGCAGGGGUCGCCGAACAGUUUGCCAUCACAGAGGCCACACUGAGCGCCUGGUCCUCGCUGGACAAUGAGGAGCUUCACCCCGAGAACAGCCCUCAGGACGUCGUCCAGCUACAGGACCUAGAGAACCUCUACCUUCAGGACAGUCUUCUGAGCGGCCCCUCCCAGGAUGACAGUCUUCUGGCCUUCUCUUCCCCUGGCCUCUCCCCCGAUGGCUGGCCCUCACCCGAUGAGCCCCCCAUCACAGCUGCCGACCCCCAGCCCCCCAGCCCUGAACAGCAGCAUCGGAGGCGGCUGCCUAGGGGCCCAGGGCCUGAGGGUGGGGCCCACCUGCAGGGCUCCCUCCCCUCGGUGGACAGCAUCUCCCUCUCAGAGGAAGAGGACGAGGUGUUCUACAACUGAGGGUUUCUGUCAUCAGUGGGCUCAAGGACUCUCAGCAGACACCAGGGCAAGCUGCCCAGAGGACCCUGCAGCUGGGCCCCCAGGCAGACAGACGCAGAAGGGCCUAGGAAACCCACUCGGAGUGGGACCUGGGGCCCCUGCCCUGACCCCGGGGCUCAGUCCUUCCCCCUCCCUCUGUGUUCGUGCCCCCCUCCCUCAGAGGUGGGACAGCCUCUCUGGUAGCUAAGUGUCUGUUCCUCAGCUCCCUUCUUGAGAAUCUCUGUCUCUGGAGGGUCUGUUCAUCCCUCACUCUCUGAACCUGCUCCCUGGUGCCCCUACCCCCUUCCCUGCACCCUGGAAGGUUCUCUGCAGACAUUAAAGUGGUGGAUUCACCCAAUGAACUUGGCCUGGUCUCU